ACGAACAAGUAAUUUCAAGCCUCUCAUAAUUUAUUUUAAAAUUUUUUGAGUCACAAUUUAACACCCUUCCCGUGAAAAAGAGCCCGGAAUCGAGUUCGAACAUGUCAUUUUAGUACACGUCAUUCGUGGCGCGCCCCCAGCGUGUUUUGGGGGAGUGGGGAACACCUGAGGAAAAGUGGCCUGACACUUUCAUCCGUUUGCGUUGUUUUUUAUUUUGAUUUACAGCCUUUCAAAGACUUGAUCAUGUUUGACACUUUGCAAAAUGUGUCUCUAAAAUCGCGGUGAUGGCAGGGUGGAUCAGGGUGUGGGCCUCAAACCUUCUGUUCUACCUGAUUUUGACCUGUGUCACAACCACUUGCAAUUAUGUAGACGAGUCGCAGCCUAAGUUCGAGGGCCUUCCCUUCUGCAGUGACGCAAAACACGACGAUAAAAAAUAUGUUUUGAUAAGUACUCUCGAUGGAGCCAUAUCGGCAUUAAAUGUUGACGAUGGAGGGAGCUUAUCCUGGAGUUUGCCUACAGGCGACUCUCCAAUGCUGUCCUCCAGUAUUCAUAGACUUGAGCUGACAAGCAACGGGCAGUACGUCCGGAUGAUACCUUCCCUUAGUGGCAACCUUUACAAAUUCGACGGGAAGUACAUCGAACCGGUGCCCAUCAACGCCAACCACCUCCUGCGCAACUCUUUUCGCUACUCAGAGGAUCUUGUCAUUUCUGGCGGCCGAGAAACCAUGACUUACGGCUUGGACAUGAACUCCGGACGAGUCAUUUACGAAUGCACCAUCAAGGGUUGCGACCGGAACUUCACAGGUCAGGAGAGCGACGGCCACGUCUUGGUUGUCCAACGCCAAACGCAGACCAUCAGAGCGUUGGAGCCGAGGACUGGUUACGAACGGUGGAACUUCAGUGUAGCCCAACAUGAUGUCAAACUGCUCAACGACCCAAACUCCGAGUGCCAUGACAAGGAGCGCAUCAAGGACGAGGAUUUGAUAAUCAAGGUUAUUGUGCCGGAUGGGCUUGUCUGCGCCCUGAACAAGAAGAACCCUUCCCAGGUCGUUUGGAAGCACAAAUUUUCGUCUCCAGUUGUCCAUGCGUGGCAGUAUAGCCAGGGCGAGGUGUCGAUUGUGGACAUGUUCAGCGGCACCUUCACCCCACCUCUAAGGUCUCUGCCAACAGCACCAUCGUUGUAUGUUGGAAUGCAUGAAAAGCAAGUCUACAUUCAGGAGAGUGUUCGCGUCCAGCAAGGUGUGGCCGAGGAAUCGAUUCCUUUGAUCACCAAUGGCAUGCCCACUCGGAUACCCUGGAAGCCUUACCCUGCAUCUGUGUCUGCUAUUGGUCUUAUUGAGUCCAGCGAAGUUCCGCUUUUAACGGAUGAAAGUCAAUAUGAAGAAACCACCGCUUUGUCUCAAUCCGUACUUUAUGGCUCAGAAUAUGCAAAUGGAAAUGGCUUUUUCUUAUUUAAGCCAGAAGAAAAGGUGUGUGACAAAAAUUCGACUGCUUCAGAGGAGGAAGAUGAAUUGCCUAAACUCAGUAUGGAGAUGGAGGAGGACACUCCUGUUCAAAUUGUGAUUGUUUCACUUUGGUACUGGUGGAAAGAAGUUUUGAUAAUUUGUAUUACAACCACGUUGCUGUCAAACUUCCUCUGCACACAACGAUACCUUUUGCUGAGGCGUCGGCUAGAUGACUAUCUCAUUGUUGAGACGCGAUCACGCCAAAAUUCAGACUCUGGGGUUGAAUUUUUCCGACACUCUAGCAACUCUAGCAUGGAAGGAGAGAAAACCCCUGAAUUUUCAUCACGCUAUUUGGACGAUUUUGAACAAAUCAGGUGCCUUGGAAAAGGUGGUUUCGGAGUUGUAUUUGAAGCUAAAAAGAAAAUAGACGACUGUCAUUAUGCUGUGAAGAGGAUCAAACUUCCAAAUAGAAAAGAGUCGCAGGAUAGAGUAAUGAGAGAGGUGAAGGCUCUAGCAACACUGGCCCAUGAUAACAUAGUUCGAUAUUAUCAUUCCUGGAUAGAGUGUCCACCGCCAGGUUGGCAAAUGGAGCAAGACAAGUAUUGGUUGAAAGGUUUGGAGUCCAAAGAUUCCUUGCUGCCUGGUGAGCUUGACUUUGAGUAUAGCCAAACGUCCGUAACAAGUGGAUACAAGAAUGGCUUCAACAGAAAUGACUCUGUAUUUUUAAAAAUACCUACUGACGAAAGCAGCAGUAUCAAAGGCCCUGCUGCACCUGAGCUGAGUGACUCGUUCAUCCAGUUCAAGGAAAGUACAUCACCAUCGAAGGAUGAAAGUCAUUUUUCUGAAGAUACUGAUGACACUGCUUCCUUCGUCAAGUUCAAAGUCGAUGACCUGGAAAUAACCAAAAACAGUGGCGCUCUGCAGCCUUACAUUCCUGUAGGAAUUCCUUCCAGUGCUUCUUCCGACAGCUGCGAGGAAGAAAACAUCACAAUUUCUGAUGAUGAAGAGUCUCAGAAAAAACUGGUUGCAGCUCCCACAUUCCUCUACAUACAGAUGCAGCUCUGCCAAAAAGAGAGUCUGCGGGAAUGGCUCCACAAGAGGAACAUCCGAGCCUAUCCUGACGAGGAGUUACAUGAUUUCUCACAUGUCAAGUCCAUCGACUUCUUCCACCAAAUUACAUCAGCUGUGGAGUAUAUCCACAACCAAAAUCUUAUUCACAGAGAUCUCAAGCCUUCGAACAUAUUCCUUUCCAUUGACGGACGAGUCAAAAUUGGUGACUUUGGACUGGUGACGGCGAUGACGGAACCUGAAAAUGGCAGGACGCCCAGUGAUGAAAUGAAUCCUUGGCCCAGAUCUGAUGAUGAUGACCGGCACACAGCCAACGUUGGCACUCGACUUUACAUGAGCCCUGAGCAGGUCUUGGGACUGCCCUAUGGCCACAAAGUCGAUAUAUUUUCUCUGGGUUUGAUACUCUACGAGAUGUUGGUCCCAUUUAGGACCCUAAUGGAACGAGCUCAUAGCUUGCAAUCAGCACGGGAUGGCCGAUUUCCCGAUAAAUUCCUGAACGAUUUCCAGCAUGAGUACAACUUGUUGCGUCUCAUGUUAUCGCAUUGUCCGGAAGAAAGACCCGCCGCGCAAGAAGUUCGUCAAAAGCUUCCGCCUCCUACCGUUUCACUUCCCUGAGAAGUUUGUGAUUUUUUUUACAAACAUUAUUAAAUGUACGUGAGUGAACUUGAUUUUUCAAGUUAGGGACUUUUUAACCGAUUAUUACGCUGAAUCGUGCAGCUUUUCAUUGUCAUUGUGUUUUCGCUUGUAUUUAUUUGAUUCUUUUAACCUUAUAAAAAUUCAUUGGACUGUUAAUGUUAAAACCCCCGUUGCAAUAAAUGAAAUCAUGUAAAUUAUA